CCAUUGGAGUGAGAGAAAUCUAAUUAUAAUCAAACAUUUGCAGACUUCAAAUCCUCCAUUACCCACUCGUGGCUCUGAAGUCUCCCCAAACAUGACCAUCAUCUCGGAUGGUGGUGAUGUUCUUGAUGGAGAUAUGCGUGCUGGCACUUCAUGACAAAAGACAUCCAUCUCUAUCUUUCAGUGUCAGAUCAGCCGGAGAGAAGAGCGCAGGAUGAAAAGCACUGGCUUACUACUAGGUUACUUUUUGAUGAAAGUUCUCGUGUGCGACGCAGUGGGAGAACCCGGGAAGAACCUGGAUGCUUUAGUGACGGCGUCGGGGACUAACGACUCCCGAGACGGAGAAAACGGUCUCUCCGAGACCCCUCACACGGAGGACAGAUGUCGGGGUUAUUAUGAUGUGAUGGGUCAGUGGGAUCCUCCGUUCGUGUGCCGGACGGGCAGUUACCUUUACUGCUGCGGGACCUGUGGCUUCAGGUUCUGCUGCGAGUUUAAAAACUCCAGGUUAGAUCAGACGACCUGUAAAAACUACGACACACCACCGUGGUCCAUGACGGGUAGACCACCGCCGAAGAUGAUGGACCAACACGAUCCGACUAAGGAUAAAACUAAUUUGAUUGUGUAUUUCAUAUGCGGAGUUGUUGCUAUAAUGGCGUUGGUCGGGAUAUUCACCAAACUUGGUUUGGAGAAGGCGCAUCGACCACAUAGGGAGAACAUGUCCAGAGCCCUGGCCCAGGUGAUGCGCCAAACCGCUCCAGGAGAACACAUAGAGAGAGAGGAGAGUUUGUCUGUGCAUGGACAACACUUUGAGAACAUGCAAGCCAGAGCAACAGGAAACAACUUGCGUAAGUACAGCUGCUUUUUGCCAUAGAGCUGACACACAACAGGUUGAAUCCAUGCCGCUUAAGUUUUUCAGUUUAGCUUGCCUGCACUAUACUCUGUAAGACACUAUCCACUCUGACAAACCAAUCAAAGCAGAUGCAUCUUCUUCAACCUAGUGAAGCAGCUGUGAGGUCCUAUGGCUAUUCAUCAGUAAAUAUCUUUGCCUGUUUGAUUUGACUCCUACUGAGAACAGGGGAAGUAGUUACAGAGGCCCAUUUUUGGCAUGUCCGGUGGG